CGCAUUUUGGGACACCUGAGAUCGUUAGACAUCUAAAAUUAAUACAAGCAGAAUCAACAAGUGUGCAACUAGCUUUGAAAUCUGAUAAAACAUUGAAGUAAAAAUUUUAAUUUAAAAAGAUUAAAGAAGAAUAAAAAAUCGGCGAUUCUGACUGAUUAAAAAAGCUGAAAUUGCAAUUAAAUAUCCUGAAUGUUAAAGCAGUAAGACAACAAAAAUGACGACCAAGACAGUCAGCUUUGAAGAUGUUCUUUACGAAGUUCAGUCAAAGAGGAAUUUCACAAGCAACACAAAAUCCUCAAAAAUUCAACUCCUCCGAGGUGUUUCCGGAGUUUUCAGACAUGGACAGCUUUCAGUUAUUAUGGGACCAUCUGGUGCCGGCAAAUCCAGCCUCCUAAAUGCUCUGUCCGGUUACAGAACCGAAGGUGUCAACGGCACAAUUCUCAUCAACCGAAAGACAUCAUGUUACAUCCAACAAGAAGAUCAUCAUCACACACUUAUCACAGUCUAUGAAAUGAUGAUGAUGGCUUGUCGACUUAAACUCAAACAUUCUUCAAUUGAGAACGGUUUCGAUGAUUAUCGAGCGAGAAUUGAUGAAAUUUUGGCAGGUCUUAAUCUAACACACCGAAAGGAAUCAACGUCAAAGACCCUUAGCGGUGGUGAAAGGAAGCGACUUUCAAUUGCAUUGGAACUUGUGACAAAUCCUCAAAUUAUGUUCCUAGAUGAGCCGACGAGUGGAUUGGAUGAAGUCACAGCAUCAGCAUGCAUCAGAUUAUUGAGAGAUUUAGCUCAUAAAGAUAGAACAAUCAUUUGUACGAUUCAUCAGCCAUCAGCUGCAAUGUUUGAUCUAUUCGAUAAUAUUUAUUUAUUAGCACAAGGGCAAUGUGUCUAUUCCGGGUCACCAAAGGUUCUCAUUCCAUUUUUAUUAAGCAGAAAUUACACAUGUCCGAAGUAUAAUAACCCUGCUGAUUAUAUAAUCGAGCUGUGCGACCUUGAACCAGACUCUGUAAUCCCACAAUUCUCAGAAUGCUUCAGCAACGGCAAACAACAAUGUCUUCCAGUAAAUACAAUCACAAAUGACACAGCAAUCAGUCAAUUCCAAAUGAAACAAUCAAUCAAUAGUCUACAAUUGGAUACAUCGAGACCCAAAGAAAGCACAUUGAUUCAGAAAAUGAAGCUAUUGACGAAGUUCUUUAAGAGUGAAUAUGCACUGUCGAGUCUGCAACAAUUUAGUGUGCUGUUCCAAAUGAUGACAACAAAGAUAUUGAGGAAUAGAAUUGUAUUGUGGAUUCAGUUUUUACAUCAUUUGGGAUGUGGACUCUGCAUUGGACUGAUCUUCUUUAACGUCGCGAAUGACGGAACGAGGAUGUUUGAUCAUUUAAAAUUUUGCAUGGGAUGUGUGUUCUUUUCGGUAUAUACGCAGAUUAUGGUGCCGAUAUUGAGCUAUCCACAAGAACUACGAAUAGUCAAAAAGGAAUGCUUUAAUCGCUGGUACGGACUGACACCUUACUAUCUUGCCUUAACCUUCUCACGAAUGCCACUUCAAAUACUUUUCAAUAUGAUAUUUACAUGCUGUGUUUACUUCUUAUCGGGAUUGCCACUGGAACCGGAGAGAUUCCUAAUGUUUUCUCUAGUUAGUGUUAUUGUGUCUUUUGUGGCUGAAGGACUUGGGUUGGCUAUUGGGGCUACUUUUAAUGUUACGAAUGGCUGUGCAAUUGGUCCAGCACUCAUGGCUCCCUUCCUCGGACUGGCAAUCUAUGGUUUCGACUUUGCAGCAGACGUUCCAAUGCUUAUGUAUGCAGCAAUGAAGUUCUCAUUCAUCCGUGGUGGAGUCGUGUCACUAGUUCUAACAGUUUUCGGAUUCAACAGACCCAAACUAGAUUGUAAAGAGAUUUAUUGUCACUUUGAUGACCCAAAAGUCCUGCUGAGAUAUUUAAGAAUCGAAAAUGUUUCACUUUUUAAAGAAGUAUCAAUUCUUGUUGGUCUCAUGUUCCUGUUUAGGGUGCUGUUUUAUUUGAGUUUAAGAAAAAGAUUUUAUAAAUAAAUUUUCAAGUUUGGACUUUGACGAUUUGUUGAGCUCAAAAGUAUCAAAAACUAAAGAUUUAAGGACUUUUUUCUGUAUAAACUUCAAAAAGUGAUGUAGAAUUUAACUUUAUUUAAUAGAUUUUAAGUGAGUUUGCCUCGAAUAUGAUUUAUUUUAACAUUAUUCA